AUGCCACAAGAUCAGGGGAACUCGCUCCCACAGCCUCGAGGCCCUCCGCCGGGAGAGGUCAACCCCCCCGACCAUGUCAACAAACCCCAGGUCUACGAGAUAUUUCACGGCUCCAAGCCAGAAGAUCGAGACGGCACCGUCUCGCGCGCCCCCGCCGACGACCAACAACCCAACAGGCGGCCGACAAUCUCGGACGGUAUCAAGACUAUAAAGUCCGACGACUUUUCCAAAGUCACCCAAAUACCAUGUGCCAGGGAGGGCUUCAUGACCGGUAUCGGUUCGGGUUUCGUGCUGGGCAUGGUUCGAUAUCUCGCAGGAGCUCGGAUACCCAAGGCUGCCAACUGGGCUGCCGCAUCCUUCAUGCUGGGUUCCGUCGUACAAUUUGAGGUCUGCCGGUACCAAAGAGACGAAGAGCGCAAAGCCAUGGCAAGGGUAGUAGAGGUCAUUGAUCGAAAGCAGGCAGAGAAGAAGGCAAAGGCCGACGAAGUCGCUCGUCUCAGAGCAGAGGCACGAGAAAAGGCCAAGCUGGACUCCCAAAGGAGCUGGUACAAAUUCUGGUAA